UCAAAAACUGACGCACAGCGGCAGGCCAAACAAGUCCAUAGUUUAAUAGCCAGCACCGCACCAUAAUAAUAAUAAUAAUAUCAACUGUAAAAUACAUAAAACAUUAAGUCCAGCUAAAUAACGUGACCAAGUGCAAAACUACCACAAAAAAAGAAAAAGAAAAGAAAAAUCCAUAAAGCAAAACAAGAAAAGUGAAAAAGAAAAACUGUGAGUGUGCGAAAAACAACAGGCCACAAAUCAGAGCGAAACCCACACACAGGACACACACACACCCAGAACAGAACCUGGAUUGCAGGUAACGGCAGCAACAUUGCAACUUAGCAGCAUAGCAACGCAACAACGAAGAACGCCAGGGAGAUACCUUCAAUUGUGGUGCAAAAGUGAAUCCUUGGCCAACCAGGAUACAAGCUGCCAGGGAUCGCGGCAGGGAUCUGCGGGGGGCAUCGCGAGGAGGAGAACGAUGCCAGCUGGGGCACAAAAGGACAACAGCAAGGAAUCAAAGCUGAAGGAGCGACCGCAGCAAUACUCUCAAGGCAACUCAUGUCAAUGUCAAAGUUGAAGUAGACGAGGGCCAAAAACGUUAAGGCACCAAGGCGGGGGCGCCAAAGGGGGCGGGGCAAAAUAGCAAAAAGCAAAAGCAUUUUAACUGCAGAUGACAAAGAAGGUUGUGCUACAUCUACAUAGUAAAUACAAAACAAAUCUAAGCGUAAGGAAACCCACUACCCCCCACAACCGCAACCAGAACCCGAACCCACUCCUCAAGUGAAAACCCAAAGCAAACAUAGGAAGCCGGUGGCGGGGAAGUCCCUUCCCGGAAUUCCAAACUGGCAGAGCGGCAAGGACAUCAAGGCAUACGGCAACGGAUACGGUGACCCGUGGAAGUGAUACUGCAGGUGGCAACAUGUCCGUGGACUUUAUACUGCCCAAUCGCAAUAAGAUCCAGACGAUUGCCUACGCGAGUGCCAGCAAGAAGUAUGUCCAGCCGGCAGGGAAUACGGGAUCAGCCUUAGCUGCAGGAUCGGGCACCAUUUCCGGUUCCGGUGCAGCUGCAGCAGCUACUGACCUCCAGAGCUGGCGACGCCCAAAGCCCAGGGGCUCCGUGGGUAAGCUCAAGACGACGUUUGAGGAUAAAGCUCACCACACGGUGCUGAGAAAUGCCAAUGGAAAUGGCCUGGCAGGUAGCACCAAGUCAAUGCCCCUCAAAACGCUGGCCAAGAGGAGCUCCAGAUCAGUGCUCAAGCGGGAGAUUAUCGAGCUGGAUGACGAGGAGGUGGAGGAACGAGAAGAUCAGCUGUGCGAACAUUUGGAGUGGUCAGCAGCCCAAUCCCUGGUCCAGAUGAACUCCUCCAAGCAGGAGAAGCAGCGACGAGCGGGAACGAGUCAGCCAGGUGUCACAGCGGCAGCUCCCAUAUCCGCUUCCGUAUCGAUGCGCCGUCCAGUGGGCAGAGCUCCGGCGGAGGAUGGCAAGGUGAUCUUCUAUGCCCCGCCCGCCAGCGCCACGGGGGCGCCCCGUCAGCCGGAGCCCGUGACCUUGAAGAGGGAGCGGGAAAGGGAACGUGAGCGUGAGCGGGAGCGCGAACGUGUGAGGGAGCAGCAACAGGUGGCUUCCGUGGCAGCCUCUGCAUCGAUAUACCGCGGACGCAGCGUCGAGGAGACGGAGGCCGCCCACGACCUCCUGUCACUGUCGCAGAGUCUGCCUCCGCUGAUCCCGCCCUGUGUGGUCACCAUCAUGAAGCAGGAGCAGGAGCAGCUGCGCUGCCCGGAGAUCCAGGAGAUAUCGAACAGCGCUUCCAGCCGCUCGCCGCAAUCGACCAUUCGAUUCAUUGGCAGCAGCUCCUACGACCUGAUGCACGGCUCCGCGGAGGGCGCCACCACCAACUGCUCUCCGCUGACGCCGCCCAAUUCGGAUCACAGCUCCGAUGUGGAUAUUGACAUGUCUUCCUCCUCCGAAUCGGGGGUCCAGCACUGGGGCAGCAAGCAGCAGCAGCAACAGCAGCCGCAGUCGUCGUCGUCGUCGUCGUCGUCGUCGUCAUCAUCAUCGUCGUCCCACAAUCAUCACCAGCAGCCGCCGAGGGCGUCGGCCUUGAAGAUGUGCCUCAAUAUGCUGGAUGGCCGGACCAAGGCCAGUAAGGCCAGACAGGAGCCAGUGCUGCCGCGGGCAAAGAGCGUCCAAAGCAAUGCCUCCAGUCCGAGCGGCGACCAGCCCGAGGUGGCCGUCUCCGUGGCCCCCAGUCACUCGUCCUCUUCCACUGGCUCGGUGGCGGGAUCUGGAGCCGGCGGUGGUGGCAGCGGCGAGAACUAUGCCAAGCGCAAGCGUGGCUGCUACAAGUGCUGUGAGUGUGGCAAGCAGUAUGCCACCUCCUCGAAUCUCUCCCGUCACAAGCAGACGCAUCGCUCCCUGGACUCGCAGUCGGCCAAGAAGUGCAAUACCUGCGGCAAGGCCUAUGUAUCCAUGCCGGCCCUGGCGAUGCACCUGCUCACGCACAAGCUCUCGCACAGCUGCGACAUCUGCGGCAAGCUCUUCUCUCGUCCCUGGCUGCUCCAGGGUCACCUCAGAUCGCACACCGGGGAGAAGCCCUACGCCUGUGUCCACUGCGGCAAGGCCUUUGCCGAUCGCUCGAACCUAAGAGCCCACAUGCAGACCCACUCGGGGGAUAAGAACUUCAAGUGUCAUCGCUGCAACAAGACGUUCGCCUUGAAGUCGUACCUCAACAAGCACUUGGAGUCGGCCUGCCUCCGGGACACCGGUGCCAUUGGGCAGGGCAAGGACAUGGAUCUGGAUGGGGAUGAGGACGAGGAAGAGAUGAACAAGCAGGAUGAUCUGGAGGGUGAUGAGCUGGACAGCGACGAGAAUAGCCAGGACAUUGUGGUGGCCUAAGGAGCUCGCACUCUCUCUCUCUAUCUCUUCCCGACAACUUAGAUACUUUACAAUGGCAAACCUAUAAGCAAUAUUCGAGCACCCUUAUCAAAUUAAAAAAAAAAAACCUAACACAAUUAAGAAAUUGAAAUCGAAAAUGAUAAUGAUAAAAUGAUAAAGAAAAGAACAAAAACACUAAGAAUCUAGUCUAGAAAUCGGCUUACUAGCGAGGUAGUUCAUGGAUCUCAAACUCAAUAGAAUCUUCUUCAAGCAGUUAUAUAUAUUAUAUAUACACAGACACAGAUACUAUAUCUACUCACUUAUAAUCCGAACAAACUCUAUCCAAAAACUCUCCAAGUUGAAAACUUUUACUGAACUUGAAACUCGAUCGAUCGAAGGCGCAAGAGGAGCGAUGUGAGGUGAGAAAUGACAAAAGAGAACAAAAGGUUUGAGAGGGAAAUCCAAAACGUAACUUAUAGUAAAAAUCUGACACAACGAAUAUUAUGGAACAUAAGUAGAAAUUCUAUAUAUAUACAACAGAUCAAAUAAGCAUUAUAUACAGAUCAGGAUGAGAUGGAGAAAUCGAAUGGGGAUGGCAAAUUAUAUGUAUACAUACGACCUAUAUGAGAAUAAACCUAGCGAGCAGAACCAAUUUGUGCAUGUUUUUUGGUAAAUAUCUACUUUUUAGGCAUCGUUUUAGGGCUCUAGAGUUUAUAUACACCCCCAGGACACACCCAAUACACCACAGACACACACACACACACACCUAUAGCGAGCAUAAGGACUCGAUCGAAGGCGGAGGACGAUGCUCAGUUCAAGUCUUAGCAAAACUAAUCAAUUAGUGAACUUAUAGCACUUCCUGCAAACUCCUAUAUCUCUCUAUCUUGCUCUUAGGCUCUUUUUAACCGUACUUAUUGAUCAAUUUAGCAAUCGGAUCAGCAAUCGGAAUCAGAUAUAUAUAUAUAUAGAAUCAGAUAUAUAGAGACGAACCAUUUUAAACGCUGCGGCAAAAACUUUACACUCUAACCAAGUUUAUAAGACGAGAAUUACUUCCAUAUUAUAUGCUCUAAACUCGAUAAACAGAAAACUACUUCAAUUACUUAGAAAUGAUUAAAAUUAAUGAGAAAACAAUUUAGAAACAUAUCACAAGGACAAUACUUAACAUAAAUAACAACAUGUAUGGACGAUGAUGUAUGUGGUGCAGAGGCAGAGGCAACUUGCAACCCCAAUUACGAUGACGAUGACACUCUCUUCUCAUACAUACAUACAUGCAGCAUGAAGCAAACAAAGUACUUACGAAAUAGUUAUUUUAUUACUAGGCAUUAGACAACCCCCGCCCCCGACCCGUGUACAUAUUAUAUUAUAUAUAUACAUGCAAGUUUAAAAACCAUUUUAUACAAGAAACUACCCCCCAAAAUACCCCCAAAUAAUCCCCUCGAGCUUUGGCCCAGCCAAAGGUUUCUUAUAGCGAUCCCCAAAGAUGCAAAAGGAUAUCCGAUGGAUAUGGAUAUGAAGGACGAUGAUGAAGAUAGACGUAGAAGACGCACUUGUAAAACAAAUGAUAACUAAAAGCAAUUCCAAAGUUAAGUGACAUAGUUUUAAUGAACGAAAAACCAAAAAUACAAACAUUUGUAAUUCCAAAAAAACAAAAAA